AUGUUCAUUCAAAAGUCUGCCUUUGUCGCCGCCCUCCUGGCCUCCGCCUCGGCUGCUGCCACCACCUGCUCCUCCUCCGGCACCACCCUCUGGGGCCCCACAACCAACUGGGACGGCGUCAAGUUCACCCUGCCCCUCGGAGAGUACAACCUCUUUGCCAGCCGCGACUACGUCAACUCCAAGUCGGUUGUCGAGGGUCGUGCCGCCGCCGGCCGCUUCCUGGACGUCGGCGCCGGCUUCGGCUCUGCCCUCUACACUGAGUUUGGCGCCCAGCCUGCCCAGUGCUCUCAGAUCGGCUCGAUCCUUGAAGCCCACAAGCUCUACCCCGGUCUGCGCUAUACCCUGACCGUUGGUGGUGAAGUCCGAGGCUUCCCCUCCACCAUCAACAACGGCGCCAUGGCCUACGUCAGCUCCGAGCUGUCGUCGAACGACACCGUCUUCCGCCCCGCCGACGGUCCCUGCCACGCCGAGAAGGUCAGCCCCGACCAUCUCCCCUUCGACUUUGACGGCGCCUCCCAGUACCUGGGCAACCUCUCGACCAGCCUGGCGGCCCUCCCUGCCACCGGCAACUGGGCCGCCGGUGCCAGCUCCAAGGAGUGUGUCCUCACUCUCAACGGCGGCCUUGACACCGAGGUGGUCUCGGUCAACGCCAAGGUCCUCGCCAACUGCAACACCCUGACCUUCGGAUCCACCCUCAGCGGCACCCUCAUCCUCAACGUCAACUCCAAGGACCCUCGCGUCAUGAACAUUGACUUCCAGCAGCUCAGCUCCAGCGCCAACCGCAUCAUCUGGAACUUUUACGAUGCCAGCGUCGUCCACCUCGGCCUGGUCUCCUUCUAUGGCACUGUCCUGGCCCCCAAGGCCAUCGUCGAUGGCAAGUCCGGUCUGAUCAAGGGCAAUGUCUAUGCCAAGUCCGUCAGCGGCCCGAUCCAGAUCCUGCGCGCUUCUUACGAUGGAUGCAUCCCCGGCCCGGCCCCUCCCACCUCCAGCACUGUCUCCGGCACCGCCAGCGCCACCGCUACCCCUUCGGGUGGCUACACCAUCACUGCCUCUACCUCUGCCACCGUCUCGUCGGUCUCUGUCUCGGGUGCCUCCUCUGCUCCCACUGUCUCCGCCACCUCUGCUCUUCCUUCGUACUCUGUUUCGACUGCCGCUCCCAGCAGCACUGCUUCUGCCCAGCCCUACAAGUGUGUUCCCAUCAACACCCAGCGUCCCUACAUGCGAAAGCGCGGCCAGACCAAGAACAUCUAA